AUGAAAGGUCGUUAUAAACGACUUAAUGAAAGUGCUGGAAAAUGGGUUGGUGUUUAUCGAGAAGCAUAUAGAAAAAGAAGAAGUGGAAUGAGUAUGAAAGAUGUUGAGAAUGAAGCUCAUAAGUUUUAUGAGACAAGUGGAAGCAAGUUCAAGGACACGAUUGUUUUUAAUGAGGUUAUGUGUAAGCAUCGAAAAUGGGAUCUACAACUAGAUCAUGAUGCAACACGAUCACGUCCCAAAUAUGAAGUGGAUGAUGAAGAAAGUGGUGGUAGCACAAAAAGAUCAACGUCUACUGAAGAAGGAGACUAUUGUGUCCAAUCCAACACAGAAGGGGAAAGUAUUGGUGGUUCAACAAUUAAACGUCCAACAGGUAGAGAUGCAGCUAAAAGAAAAGAAAAAGGUAAGUCUUCUAAUGAAGUUGUUGCAGAACUUCGUGCGAUGAGGCUUAGUAGAGAUAGUGAAGUAGAAGUAAUGAAAAAAAGACUCGACUUGGAUCAACAAAGGGAGCAAAAAACAGAUGAAAGGGAGCUAAUAAAGAUGCAUAGUUUGCAUUUGAACACACUCCUACAAAAGGACCAAUUGUUGCCUGAAGAAGAAAACAUGAAACAUUUUCUAAUGUCUAAGUUUUAUGGAAAUUAA